AUGGACGACUACGACGAGUUCGGCAACUACAUCGGCCCACUUUCGGACUCAGAGCUUGGUUCAGACGACGACCACUCACAGGGAUAUGGACAAGAUCCACCUCCAUCUCUCGAGCAACCUGCCCCGCUUGAAGGAUAUGAUGAUGGCGAAGACGAUGACGAGCGUCUCGCCAAUAUGGAGCUGGAUGAAGACGGCAACAUAGUGCCUCAACAUGCAUUGAUACGCGUCGAUGAAGCUGCGUCAAACGCAGUGGUAUUGCACGAGGACAAGCAGUACUACCCUUCGGCAUCCGAAGUUUACGGCGAAGAUGUCGAGACCAUGGUACAGGAGGAAGACGCACAGCCACUAUCGGUUCCCAUCGUUGAACCGAUCAAGGUUCGGCGCUUUGCAGUGCAAGAGCAGGGUCUGCCAGAAACUCGCUUCGACAGAGGCUUCCUGUCGAGUCUCAUGGGUUUCCCAGACAUGGUGAGGAAUGUUGCUGUGGUAGGACAUUUGCACCAUGGAAAGACAAGCCUGCUAGACACGUUGGUGUAUGAAACACACAAGAUCGAAGUAGACAUGGAUACGCAUCUGCGCUAUACAGAUGCGCAUUUGCUCGAACGUGACAGAGGCAUCUCAAUCAAGAGUGCGCCGCUGUCGUUGGUACUGGAAGGCACAAAGCGCAAAUCGUACCUGUUGAAUCUCAUUGACACGCCGGGGCAUACCAACUUCCAGGACGAAGUGGCUGCAGCCUGUCGUCUUGCGGAUGGAGUCGUGCUCGUUGUCGAUGUAAUCGAAGGCGUCAUGUGCAACACGGUCCAGAUCAUCCGACAUUGCAUCCUCCAACAGCUUCCUAUUGUCCUUGUGCUGAACAAGCUCGACCGUCUCGUGCUGGAACUCCGACUUCCCCCCAACGAAGCAUACUACAAGAUUCGGCAUGCCAUCCAAGAGGUCAACAACUGCAUCGCUUCCUUUGACGCCAAUCCUGCGCUUCGUCUGGGACCCGAACGGGGCAAUGUUGCCUUUGCCUCAACGCAGAUGGGCUAUUGCUUCACGCUGCGCAGCUUUGCCAAACUUUACGCAGAGACGUAUGGCGCCAGCAUCGACGUGGACGCUUUUGCCCAAAGACUGUGGGGAAACAUCUACUACAAUGCGGAAUCGCGCAACUUUUCGAGGAAGGCGCCAGAUGCAGAGAGCAAGAGGUCGUUUGUGCAUUUUAUCUUGGAGCCGCUGUACAAGAUCUACUCGGCUGUGCUGUCUUCCGACACUCACACGCUCAAGAGGACAUUAGCCGAGCUGCGAAUUCGUCUGAAACCAGCAGUGUUCAAGGUGGAUGUGCGACCUUUGCUCAAGAUCGUGCUCAACCAAUUCUUUGGUCCAUCGCAAGGACUGGUCGAUCUGGUGGUCGACAACAUUCCUUCUCCCAAAGAUGCAGCGGUCAAAAAGCUCGAAAAGUGCUAUACAGGUCCUCGAGCGGGAGCGAUCUACGAAGCUAUGGCAGCCUGCGAUGCUGACGCGUCACUCGUAAUCCAUGUAUCCAAACUCUAUCAAACCAUCGACGCGCAAGAGUUUCGCGCGUUCGGACGUGUCAUGGCGGGCACAGCACGUCCAGGGAUGCGAGUCAAAGUGCUUGGAGAAGCAUUCUCGCAAGACGACGAGGAAGAUAUGGUACUCGCCACAAUCCAAACCGUCGGCGUCUAUGAGACGCGCUAUGUUGUGCCGACAGACGGUGUUCCCGCUGGCAAUUGGGUUUUGCUCUCGGGUAUCGAUGCGUCUCUUUCCAAAACUGGCACGAUUGUCGAUGCGUCGCUCGCCACCGAAGACGUUUCCAUCUUUGCCCCGAUUGAACACAUGACGCAAUCCGUGCUCAAAGUCUCGGUCGAACCUUUAAACCCCUCAGAACUACCAAAGAUGCUCGAAGGCCUCCGUCGCAUCAACAAGAGUUAUCCACUGGCGGUGACGAAAGUGGAAGAGUCGGGGGAACACGUCAUCAUGGGUACUGGUGAACUGUACCUCGACUGUGUGCUGCACGAUCUGCGAGUGCUCUUUUCCGAGAUCGAGAUUCGCGUUUCAGAUCCAGUGGCGCGCUUCUGCGAAACGGUGGUAGAGACGUCUUCUGUGAAAUGCUACGCAUCGACGCCAAACAAGAAGAACAAGCUGACGAUCAUCUGCGAACCUUUGGAAAAAGGGGUUGCUGAAGACAUUGAAUCUGGGUUGUUGGAUAUCAAGAUGCCUCCCAAGCAGUUGGGCAAGGUGCUGCAAGAGAAGUACGGGUGGGAUCUGCUGGCGAGUCGAAGUGUGUGGGCUUUUGGACCGGAUGAACGGGGAGCGAACGUUCUUGUCGACGACACCUUGCCUUCGGAGGUGGACAAGAAGUUGCUGUAUGCGGUGAAGGAGAGUAUCACCCAGGGAUUCCAAUGGGGAUGUCGAGAAGGACCGUUGGCGGACGAGCCGAUGCGCAACGUGAAAUUCCGCAUUCUCGAUGCAACACUAGCGCACGAGCCGAUUCACCGUGGUGGAGGCCAAAUCAUCCCCACUGCGCGCCGUGCCUGCUACGCGGCGCUGUUGAUGGCGACGCCGAGACUCAUGGAGCCGAUCUACGAAGUGGAGGUACAAACUACGGCCACUGGUGUCGCCGCCGUGUAUACGUUGCUUGCCAAACGUCGUGGCCACGUUGUCAAAGAUACUCCGAAACCUGGCUCGACGCUGUAUACGGUGCAAGCGUACAUUCCAGUAAUCGACGCCAAUGGCUUUGAAACCGACCUGCGCAUUGCAACCCAGGGCCAAGCGUUCGCGAUGAUGUUCUUCAGCCACUGGAGUAUCGUACCGGGCAAUCCGAUAGAUAGCAGUGUAAAACUGCGCCCGUUGGAACCGGCUCCCAUGCUCGGAUUGGCCAAGGACUUUGUGGUCAAGACGAGAAGGAGAAAGGGUUUGCCCGAGAACGUUGCUGUAGCCAGCUACUUGGAUGCCGAGAUGACCGUCGCCUUGGCUCAGGCUGGCAUCGAGAUGUAG